AUGACCGUCAUGGGCUCUGAAAAUCCCCACAAGGUUCAACAACAAAGUAACCCAGUAAUCCAUGCUUGUCAAUACAAGAUUGGAAAGACGCUUGGCUCAGGUUCAUACUCUGUUGUAAAAGAAUGUGUCCACAUCGAAACAAGCCGUUAUUAUGCUACUAAAGUUAUCAACAAAAGACUAGUCUCUGGUCAAGAGCGUACGAUACGCAAUGAAAUAGCCGUUCUUAAACGUGUCUCUAUGGGUCAUCAGAACAUUCUUACGCUUGUCGACUACUUUGAGACAUCCAAUAACUUAUAUCUUGUUACAGAACUCGCCCUCGGCGGCGAGCUGUUCGAUCGAAUUUGCCGAAAGGGAUCUUAUUUUGAGUCUGACGCCGCCGAUCUCGUUCGCGCGGCCCUAUCAGCCGUAGCAUAUCUACACGAUCACGGAAUCGUGCAUCGGGAUCUCAAGCCAGAGAACCUUUUGUUCAGAACCCCCGAAGAUAAUGCUGAUUUACUUAUCGCGGAUUUCGGUCUUAGCCGAGUGAUAGAUGAGGAACAAUUUCAUAUUCUAACUACGACUUGCGGGACUCCAGGUUAUAUGGCCCCUGAAAUAUUCAAAAAGACUGGUUAUGGGAAAUCCGUGGAUAUUUGGUCAAUUGGCGUUAUAACAUACUUUCUCCUCUGCGGUUACACACCAUUUGACCGAGAUUCAAACCUAGAGGAAAUGCAGGCAAUACUAGACGCCGACUUCAGCUUCACACCUAUUGAAUAUUGGCGCAAUGUGAGCCCCCAAGCCCGAGAGUUUAUCAAACGCUGUCUUACAAUAGACCCGACGAAACGUUUGACUGCACAUCAGGCAUUAUCUGAUCCGUUUGUUGCAGGACUUCAAAAAGGCAAUGAUCUGUUACCUACGGUAAAGUUGAAUUUCAACGCGCGUAGGACUCUACAUGAGGCAAUCGAUACGAUAAGGGCUAUUAAUAAGUUACGUGAGUGCCAAAGCGGUACCAUGGAUGGCUCAUUUUCUCAUAACCCUGCCCACGGUGCGAAACCGCUUCAAAAUUCUUCGAAAGAGCCGCAGCUUGCUGUAGAUAGCAAAAUCAAUGUGGCUAACAUUCCAGCUAGCGUAAAUAAAAUUCAGAUCGUACGCGGGAUUCAAGAGAGUUUGAUUCCCACGGAAAUCAAAGCUGAAUCUAACUUACAGCCGCAAAUAAUUCGGGAGGCACCGAAAGGUCUCUGGAGUUCCAAAUCACCAGCCCAUUUCGCACCGAAAGUCGACGAUCUUAUCUCUAUGACGAUCAGCUUCGACAUUGGCAAUGUGGCCCACCCAGCGAUACCACAGGUUUAA